UCCAACGUUCACUCUCUCCGGUCUCCUCCAACGUUACAAAAUCACAAUACAUUCCCAAGACUCUAGGCUCUACCCUUCCCUCUCUUUCUCUCUGCAACUACGCAACUGUCUCAUUGCACACAAUCUUCAAAGAACCCUUGAUCUCCUUGUUCAUAUCCAUCUCCUUUCUGGGUUUCUUGUAGCAUCCGCAGCUCCGAGACAUCUCGAAUUGAAGAACAGCUCGCUCGAUUUCCUACUUUGCGAGAAAGUACUUCGUAGAAAUGGAACCAGCAAAAAUAGACUGGAAGAACAUCGACUCCAGAUUCGUCGAGGACGAGUUGUACGAGCACAUAAAUGCUCCCAAAUGGGUCGAUUUAUCUGCUCCCGAUGAACAUGUAGAUGAUGAAGCCUGGUUCUGUAGGCCCGAGUGUCGUCAUCCAAAGAUCGCAGAAGAUUUUCUUCGAUCGACACCUACUUCAAAGGCGAAGCAUCUGAGAUCAAUAAGCGUUUCUGAAAUCCUUCCAUUAGGCGAUCGAAAUCGCAAAGAUGCAAAUCUAAAAAGGAGAGGACUCAUUCCCUCUUCAGCUUCUUCGCCUCGUAUUCUAAAAUCCGACACGACUACACCAUCUAAGCCUCCACGCAGAUUCCAACAAGAUAUCGAAAACAACAAUCCGAACUUCUCUUCUCCUCUUCAGAACUAUGAAGCCAAAAUCAAGAAAGCGGCUAUCAAAUCGAGCACGGAAAGGAAGAAACUGUUAGAUGAUUCUCCUUCCCAUGCAGACACAUCGCAAAACGAUCGAUAUCCGCAGCUGAAAAGCACCCUUUCGGCUCGUAAUCUCUUCGCCGGACGGGAUAUAUUGAAUCAGAUAACGGAGUUCUGCAACGAGCUGAAGAAAUUGGCCAUGAGAGCGAAGGAGAGAGAGAAAUUGGAGAAAUCGAAUGCAAAAAAGAACGCAGUGGAUGGCGAGAAAUCCGAUCAGACUUGUGGUGGCCGAGGAGAGGAAAGCGAGAAGGAGAAAGAARAAAAGAAGCCUCUGCUUGGGGCUGAAAAGGAGAAUUCUGAAGCAACAGAGAAGAGCAAUGGCAAAGAGAAACAACAGAAGAGGCCAAGGAAAGAAACUGAUGAGAAUGAAAAGGUCCCACAAAUCACCGUGGAUGUGAAGAACGUUAAGCGCGGAGAAGAAAGCUUGUCGUUGCAAGUUCGGACGUGCCCUCCUUCUCCUCAAUGCUUUUCUACGCCUCGUGCUCGUGGGCCCAACUGUUCCACUACCACCAAACCAAUCGCCACCACUCCACUCAGGCCUUCCAGGCCCAAACCCACGGCACAGCAGGAGAGGGGAAUUCUUCAGGAAACGAAGCAGCAGGACAAUAAAGCAAAACAAGAGGAGCAUGGAGAUAGAGGCACUGCUAAUAGAAAUAGAAGGCUUGCUACAGCUGCUGCAGCUAGGACAGAAUUAAAACCCCUGGAUAUGUUUUGGUUCUUGAAGCCWUGCACACUUUCUAACAGAGAAUACUAAACCUUCUUCUUCUAUGGUAUAUAAUAAUUAUUUUUUUAUUAUUUUUUUCAAAUACCCACAAUAAUUCUUUUAUUUAUUUUUUACUACACAUUUUAUUUGAAAAAUGAGGGAAUAGGGUCAGUGUAGAGGAUGCAAAAAUACACUAUGCUGGUGAAUAAAGUGUACCGGACGUGAAUAAUAACUGCUUGAAUAAUAAACUCUUGCAGUUUUUUCAGUCUUUGCAUCUGGUUCAGUUUUACCGAUA